GGCGCAGUCGCGGCGCGGCCCCGGAAGUAAAGGCCACAGCUUCCUGUUUCCGGGUCAGCAGCGCAGGCCGCUUUCGAGCAGCGGAGCCGAGUGCCGGCGGCCCCGAACGGGAAUCUUCCGAGGCCCGUGUGACCGCGGGCGGAGCCCGCCCUCCCCGCGCGGCCAUCAUGUCCAUGUCCCAUCUCUACGGCAAAGAUGACGAUGGUGAUGUGGAGAUGGAGAAAUUUGAAAUCACGGACUGGGACCUGCAGAACGAGUUCAACCCCAACCGCCAGCGCCACUGGCAGACCAAGGAGGAGGCCACCUAUGGCGUGUGGGCUGAGCACGACUCGGACGAUGAGAGGCCCAGCUUUGGAGGCAAACGCUCUCGGGACUACUCAGCCCCCGUUAAUUUCAUCAGUGCGGGACUAAGGAAAGCUGCAGCUGAGGAAGUGAUAGAAGAAGACUCAGAUGAGGAUGAGAAGCCCAUUAAGCAGGAAGAAUUCCCUAAAGAGUUUGUACCAAAGAAGUUAAAAACAGGUGGCAAUUUCAAACCCAGCCAGAAAGGAUUUAUAGGAGGGACCAAAUCUUUCAUGGACUUCGGCAGCUGGGAGAGACACACCAAGGGAAUAGGGCAGAAGCUUCUUCAGAAAAUGGGUUAUGUCCCUGGUAGAGGGCUUGGAAAGAAUGCUCAAGGUAUCAUCAAUCCGAUUGAGGCCAAGCAAAGGAAAGGCAAAGGAGCCUUGGGAGCAUAUGGCUCUGAACGAACCAGUCAGUCCUUGCAGGACUUCCCUGUUGUUGACUCGGAGGAAGAAGCUGAAGAGGAAUUUCAGAAAGAGCUCAGUCAGUGGAGGAAGGAUCCUAAUGGAGGCAAGAAAAAACCCAAAUAUGCCUACAAGACAGUAGAAGAAUUGAAGGCCAAAGGCAGGAUUGGCAAGCAGCUCACAACUCCUCAAAAGGAACUAUCCCAAGUUAAGGUUAUAGACAUGACUGGCCGGGAACAAAGGGUUUAUUACAGUUACAGUCAAAUCAGCCAUAAGCACAAUAUCCCAGAUGACAAUCCUCAGCAGCCACUGGGCAAAGACUCCAAGCCCCAAGCAUUUGGCUUGCCAGAACUGGAGCACAACUUGCAACUUCUCAUCGACAUCACAGAGCAGGAGAUCAUCCAGAAUGACCGGCAGCUACAGUACGAGAGAGACAUGGUUGUCAACCUGACCCAUGAGAUACAGAAGAUGUCUGAAGUCCUCUCGCAUGAGGAGACAGCAAUUAGCAACCUCAGCAAGGUCCUGGAAUUGGUGGAGGAAUGCGAGAGGCGAAUGCAGCCUAACUGUGACAAUCCACUUACCCUGGAUGAAUGUGCAAAGAUUUUUGAGACCCUCCAAGAUAAGUAUUAUGAGGAAUACAGGAUGUCCGAUAGAGUGGACCUGGCAGUAGCUAUCGUGUUUCCUCUCAUGAAAGAUUACUUCAAGAACUGGGAUCCCCUCAAGGACUGUAUGUACGGCACAGAAAUUAUAGCCAAGUGGAAAAGGCUUUUAGAAAAUGAUCAGUUGUUAUCGCACAGUGGGCAGGACCUAGCAACGGAUGCUUUUCACAGGCUCAUGUGGGAAAUGUGGAUGCCCUAUGUCAGAAACAUCAUAACACAGUGGCAGCCGAGAAACUGUGGACCAAUGGUAGAUUUCUUGGACAGCUGGGUGCAUGUUAUUCCUGUUUGGAUAUUGGAUAAUAUUCUGGAUCAGCUUAUCUUCCCUAAACUACAGAAGGAGGUUGAAAACUGGAACCCUCUGACAGACACUGUCCCAAUCCACUCUUGGAUUCACCCCUGGCUUCCACUGAUGCAGUCUCGAUUAGAGCCAUUAUAUUCUCCAAUCCGAAACAAGUUGGCAAAUGCACUGCAGAAAUGGCAUCCCAGUGACUCCUCAGCCAAACUGAUCCUUCAGCCCUGGAAAGAAGUGUUUACACCAGGAUCUUGGGAGGCUUUCAUGGUCAAAAACAUUGUGCCUAAACUCGGGAUGUGUCUCAAUGAGCUCGUCAUUAACCCUCACCAGCAGCAUAUGGAUGCAUUUUACUGGGUGAUCGACUGGGAGGGGAUGGUCUCUGUGUCCAGCCUUGUCGGACUUCUGGAGAAACACUUCUUCCCCAAAUGGCUGCAGGUGCUGUGCUCCUGGCUAAGUAAUAGCCCCAAUUAUGAAGAGAUCACCAAGUGGUACCUUGGUUGGAAGUCUAUGUUCUCCGACCAGGUGUUAGCACAUCCAUCGAUCAAGGACAAAUUUAAUGAAGCUCUUGAUAUCAUGAACCGGGCUGUCUCUUCCAAUGUCGGUGGCUACAUGCAACCAGGUGCUCGGGAAAACAUUGCCUAUCUCACUCACACCGAGCGGAGGAAAGACUUUCAGUAUGAAGCUAUGCAGGAGCGGCGAGAGGCUGAGAACAUGGCCCAACGGGGCAUAGGCAUGGCUGCUAGCUCUGUGCCAAUGAAUUUUAAGGACCUCAUUCAAACAAAAGCAGAAGAACACAAUAUCGUCUUCAUGCCUGUGAUCGGGAAGCGGCAUGAAGGAAAACAAUUGUACACAUUUGGACGAAUUGUGAUUUACAUUGACAGGGGCGUUGUGUUUGUACAAGGAGAAAAGACGUGGGUGCCAACCUCUCUUCAGAGUCUCAUUGAUAUGGCUAAAUAAGGAUCCUGCUCUGUGCCAGGAGCAUUGUACAUAGUAAGUAUUGUCAAGAGCCCCCUGCUGACAGCUGUUUAGUGUGACUGUCUUACAAUAAAGAGGUGACUCGA